AUGGUGGAUUCCGGCGAGAUUGCCUUGUCGACUCCGUUAAGACGGUGGAAGAGUUUCGUCGAAACAAGGCCUUGGCUGGUUGUUUCGGAGGCUGGAAAAUCGUACGUGGAGGAGGUGGGGAAGCAUGCGAUCAUGCGCAGAACCCGAGUUUCUGCCCGUGAUCUUAGGAUUCUUGAUCCUAAACUUUCUUACACGGCGACAAUACUGGGGAGACAGAAAGCCAUUGUUGUGAACUUGGAGAGUAUCAGAGCUAUCAUCACAGCAAAUGAGACGCUGAUUCUGAAUCCAAUGGAUCCAUCUGUUUCUCCAUUUGUUAGAGAUCUUGAGCUCAAACUUUCUAGCUUUGAUGGUUCCAAAGCAAUUGCUGUUGAAAAGUGUGAUAAGGGUGUAAAGGGGGAAGCAAGUGAUGGCAGCCUAAUGAACACUUCAAAAAUGGGUAGCUCAAAGCUACUACUGCCUUUUGAGUUCAGAGUGCUUGAAAUUUGCUUGACAUUUGUUUGCGACGGACUUGAAUUUGAGGUAUGUGUACCAAACUUCAUGUAA